CCACCGGCGCCAUCUUCCAGGACCCGGGCGGGGCCCUGGGCAGUGGGGCGCAGCUGGGGAACGAACGCGGGUUACUGUCCGGACUCCGAACUGGUUUCAGAGGAGGCCUUUCCCAGGGGCCCAGGACUGCCCAAGAGGACAAUGGAGUCUGGAGCUCGCCCAGUUGGUAGCAGUUGUAGCAGCCCUGCAGCACUCUCACGGGAAUACAAACUAGUGAUGCUGGGUGCCGGUGGAGUUGGGAAGAGUGCCAUGACAAUGCAAUUCAUCAGUCACCGGUUCCCAGAAGAUCAUGACCCCACCAUUGAAGAUGCUUACAAGAUCCGGAUCCGUAUUGAUGAUGAGCCUGCCAAUCUGGACAUCCUGGACACAGCAGGACAGGCAGAGUUUACAGCCAUGCGGGAUCAGUAUAUGAGGGCAGGAGAAGGAUUUAUCAUCUGUUACUCCAUCACUGAUCGUCGAAGUUUCCAUGAAGUUCGCGAGUUUAAACAACUGAUUUACCGUGUCCGACGCACUGACGAUACACCAGUGGUUCUUGUGGGCAACAAGUCCGACCUAAAGCAGCUGAGGCAGGUCUCCAAGGAAGAGGGAUUGUCUCUGGCUCGAGAAUUCAGUUGUCCCUUUUUUGAGACCUCUGCUGCCUACCGUUACUACAUUGAUGACGUUUUCCAUGCUCUCGUACGGGAGAUACGUAAGAAAGAAAAGGAGUUAGUACUGGCCAUGGAGAAAAAGGCUAAACCCAAAAGCAGCGUAUGGAAGAGGCUGAAGUCACCAUUCAGGAGGAAGAAAGACUCCGUGACCUGAGGGAAGAGCGACGUGUCUGCUGUGAACUGCAGUGCUCCUCCGAGCAGUCUAGUCUGCAAUAGUGAGCAUGCUGUUUGCUCUCUCCUGCUAUGUGGUUAUUCUAAACAUCGCUGGCCUGGCGAGGGGACUCGCCUUCUGGGAGUUGUCAUUGACUUACUGUCUAAAGCCCUGUGCUAGGUGACUCUGACUCAUGAACUCAUCAGGGCAGUGUCUACUCCUUAAUUGUCACAUUAGAACUUGGUUGGUCAUUGUUUGGGUUAGGUUGCUGAUGUAAAUCUAUUCGUGUAAAUCGUUUCUACCCAGGAGAUGAUGUGUACUGUGUGCACUUGACUAAGUUUACAACAGAACGUUGUGUUGUGUUCUCCCCACCACCCCUCAACCUGAGCUUCCUGGUACCAUCUCACAGAAGGACCUCUGCCUUGUGUAGCCACACUGUGCGUCCUGGAGACAGAGCAGAGAUUAAGUAGAGAAACUGGCAUGAAAUGUGAGCAGGCAUCUGCGGAGGGCACUCCUGUGGUGGACCAUGAGGUGAGGAGGUUCACACAAGAAGACAUGGCCAGAAACACUCGUGGUCAGAACAGUGUUCCUACAGGGAGCCCCAGAACUGCACAUUUGACCAAAGGCACUCAGGUGGUAAAAAGAGACAGAAGCAUAUUUCUCUCUGAACACGCUUGAUUCUUCCAUGUCUGCUCUUCUUUACCUCUGCCACCCGGUUCUGGAUCUGGGACCAUUGCUAGAUCACUCAAAUCUUAUUGAAAUCCUUUGUUGGGCUAGGCAUAUGGCUCACUGCUGUAAUCCUAGUAUUUCUAAGUCUGAAACAGGAGGACUACCAUGAGUUCGAGAUUACCCUGGAUUACAGAUUGGGAGCCUGUCUUGGAAAAACAGAACCACAAGCAAAUAAAAACAAGUUCUUUCUUAGGACUGCUGUACCACA